ACGCGCGAUUGCGUUCGCUGUCGCGCGGAUUCUCGAGAAAUCUCACCGUCACGGGGACUUUACGCGGAAACGGCGAAACCGCCCGUCAAAACAUAACCUCGGCGCUCUAUUGUUGUCGUCGUUUGACGUUUGCACGGCCACGGUUCCCGGCUCCUGGGUCUCGGAAUUUCAAUUUCUGGGGGCCUCUCAUUUAGAUGCGUUGCUUAUCGAUCUAGAUUGGACGAGGGCUCGUCGUCGAGACUCUUUUAAUCUUUGAUCCUCCGAUGAUUGCAGAAACGUCAAUUUUCCAAGCAUCCUACAAUGCAGCGUCAUAUUAUUUAAUUAUCUGUACACUCACCACUUAUCUCAAAGUGACGAUCAGUCAUUCUUAUAGAAUAGAAUAUUUUAUUAUAGAAUAUUUCUCGCGUACUCGAUUAUCUGUGAUUCAAAAGUGAAAUUGUAUUUGUUUAUAUCAUGUAAAUUGUAUGCUCAGUAUUCUUUGACACGUAAUACGUGGAGACUAAUGUAGUGUUUUUUUCAUUUCAUGUAAUCUCUCUGUGACGGCCUUGUGUUUGGCCUGAAAAUAGCAUUAGUAUUACUCGCGUUUGCUGGUUCCAUUGGAAUGACAUUUGUCAUUCUUGGUUGUGCAUUACCAGUGUACAAAGUAUGGUGGCCAUUUUUUGUGGUACUAUUCUACAUACUAGCACCUAUUCCAACCAUAAUAGCACGCCGUUACACAGAUGACUCAGGAAGCACCAGUAAUCCAUGUUUAGAGCUGGCAAUAUUCAUCACAAUGGGAUUUGUGGUAUCGUCUUUCGCUCUUCCAAUCGUGUUGGCACGGUCUCCAGCUGAUGAGCCAGUAAUACAAUGGGGUGCUUGCUACCUGACAUUAGCGGGUAAUAUCGUCGUGUAUUCAACUCUAGUCGGAUUUUUCAUAACAUUCGAUCAAGACGAUACCGAUUACAAUAUGUGGUGAGGCGCUGCUGUACAUUGUACUUAUUCAUCAUGAUAAGAACGUUUUUUAUGAGAUUAAAGGAGCAGAUCAAUCAUGUGGUGCACUGACUGAAAGCUACAUAUUGAGUCUAAAUUGCUAUAAACAUAUUGUACACAAUUUACAUACUAUAAACCUUAAAUCGAUAAUCUAUUACGUUCAUGCUGCAAAACAGACGGAAGAAUAAUACUGUAGUGCACUCUAAAGCGACAGGGAACGUCGGUGAUGUGUCCCGUUGUCCAGCAACCGAUCAGAUGUUGGAUUCUACGUGUCACGGAACGGCAUUGAAGCGUUUGACAUCUUAGAUCCUUCGCACAGAGGUAUUCAGGGGAAACCUGAAGCGCAACAAUGCGAGAGGACAAUGUCGGAAAUAUUUUUUAUUUAAUCUAAGUCUUUCGUAAUAAUAAUGUGCUAAUAAAGCGCUACAAUUUAUUACUUUAUCCCACCUUUUCGAUCAUUCUUGGAGACUAGUCAAAAAAAUGUGUUUCUUCUGAAAUCGUAAUGGAAUAAAAUGACUUGCGAAUUAUAGUUUUAUCUCAUUUAUAAUCAUCGCUCGCGCGAUUGUCAUGAUUUUACGAAUAAAUGAAUUACAGCGUCGCGU